CAGCCGCUCAGCCCCCUUACCCCCGCCGCCUGGACCCAGCCGAGGAUGCGGCGCAGCGCCUCGGUGGCCAGGAUUGCUCCUAUCUAGCCCGCCUGCUAACUUCCCUGGCUCCGUCUCUGUUCGCCAGCGGGGCUACCCCGUCUCCCUGCGUUCUCGCGGUCCGGUCCUUCAGGAGCGCGGGGCGCUGCUUCCGUGCGUCCCCUGCUGCCAACCCGCGCGCCCACGCUCCCUUCCCGCACCUUGCGCCCGCGCCCAGUCCUCGCCCGAUCAUGCUGCCCCUCUGCCUCGUGGCCGCGCUGCUGCUGGCCGCCGGGCCCGGGCCAAGCCUGGGAGACGAAGCCAUCCACUGCCCGCCCUGCUCCGAGGAGAAGCUGGCGCGCUGCCGCCCCCCGGUGGGCUGCGAGGAGCUGGUGCGGGAGCCCGGCUGCGGCUGUUGCGCCACUUGCGCCCUGGGCAAGGGGAUGCCCUGCGGGGUGUAUACCCCUCGCUGCGGCUCCGGCCUGCGCUGCUACCCGCCCCGGGGGGUGGAGAAGCCCCUGCACACGCUGAUGCACGGGCAAGGCUUGUGCAUGGAACUGGCGGAGAUCGAGGCCAUCCAGGAAAGCCUGCAGCCCUCUGACAAGGAUGAGGGUGAUCACCCCAACAACAGCUUCGGCCCCUGUAGUACCCAUGACCACAAGUGCCUGCAGAAGCACUUAGCCAAAAUGCGAGACCGGAACAUCAAUGGGGGCAAGAUGAAGGUCAUCGGGGUGCCCCGGGAGGAAGCCCGGCCUAUGCCCCAGGGCUCCUGCCAGAGUGAGCUGCACCGGGCCCUGGAGCGGCUGGCUGCCUCACAGAGCCGCACCCAUGAGGACCUCUACACCAUCCCCAUUCCCAACUGCGACCGCAACGGCAACUUCCACCCUAAGCAGUGCCACCCGGCCCUGGAUGGGCAGCGCGGCAAGUGCUGGUGUGUGGACCGGAAGACAGGAGUGAAGCUUCCAGGGGGCCUGGAGCCGAAGGAGGAGCUGGACUGCCACCAGUUGGCUGACAGCUUCCGCAAGUGAUCCCUACCAGCAGGCAGGGGGCUCAGUGUCCCCUGCCCCCCCCUUCCCCUGGAGGCUGCAGAGCUGACCUGGAGCCCAGGUCUGAGUCCUGGCUCUGCCUCUGGCCUAGAAGUUUUCCUCCGGGUGUGUGCUGUGUGUGUGUGUUUAUAAGCAUGGGUGUGGCCUUGGGGUGAGCCAGAGCCUAGGGAUGUCCUCUUUGGGCUUAGAUAGCCUGAGAGGCCUGAGAGUGGCAAUGGGGAGCCCUGGUGUGUUUCCAAAUUGAUCCUGGAUUCAUUCAUUCAUUCAUUCAUUCAUUCAUUCAUUCAGCCAUUUAAAAACAUUUAUUGGCUACAUAUUACAUGCCAGCUCUAGUUUUUAGCCCUGGGGUUCUUAUUCUAACUUCCUCCAAUUUGGACAUGUGGGGCCACCUCCUACAAGGUGAGCACAAGUCUGUGGGAGACGAGAAGUCUCAGUCCCAUAAUCAGAGGAGGGAAGUAGACAUGUCCCUUGACCAAUGUCCCUCCCCACAUAGAGUGGAGGCCAUAGGGAAGGUGUGGGGUAGCAGAUGGUUCAAUGGUCAGGAGACCAGACCCACUCCCAAAGCUAAGGGCUGCCAGGCUCCUCUUCUCUUCCUCACUAGGUCCUUCCAGGGGGAAGGACCUGCAGAGACAGGCCUACUUUGGGGUUGGGCAUAGUGCCAUCUGUUUGCCUGGCAACUGAACCCCUGAUAUGGAGUAGGGAAGAGGGUCAGAGGAAGGCCUUCAAGACAGAGGGCUGGGCAGUGGGGCCCAUGUCUGAGCAGUCAGGGUGGGAGGAAAGAAUGCGUGAUCGGACUGCAUGUGUCUGAUGGAGAAAAGGACAGCAUACUGGGGAUGUAGUGCUGAGAGUGAGGGAUUUGCCUGGGGUCCUGCUUCCUUCCAUUUGUGGCCAGAGCCAUGAAAUCACCAGGAUGACUCCAUCCUUCAGUGGCUCACAGCCUGUAGCUCUGCCUCCAGCUCCACACUUCCUUCCCCUAUGGCUCCCUACCUACCCCCUGGGUAUUUUCUGGCUUGACUGGAUGGAAGGAGACAUAGGGACCUACCAGUUGGCCAUGAUGUCUUAUCUUUUUUUUUUCUAACAAAACAAAACAAAAAAACUAUA